CUUGACCGAACCCCUAUGAUUCCGAGCGCAUGAUCAGGCGUGUUUACCUGCAGUGUCAUGCAGGAAAACAUGGCACGCAAGUCAAAAGACGUCUGCUCCAAAGGACCUUUGAAAACACCGGUUUAAUGCACGUCAAGGCUUUAUUUCCAUCUUAGCAUUAUAGUCUGGAAGCCAUCAUAAACGGCUGGAUUUUUGUAUACUGACCGGAGGAGGAACUGGCUGUUUUUAUCUGUACCUAGCUAGCCAGCAAGCUAGCUAUUUCGAAACGAACAGUAGGAACACGGGUAGAAAUUUGUGGGAUUAUCAGAUGACUUCUUAAAUACCAACUGCCGGCCAUAGAAGAGGCACAAUGGAGGAAUCUGACAUAGAGCAGGUGUCCCUGUCGCUGCUCGAUGCAGCCAAUGACCGAAACCCUGUGGUGCAGGAGCAGGUCAGGAAGUCCAUCCUCACCCUCGGAAAACAGCAGCCGGACAAAAUCCUCAGCAUGUGUCAGGACUACCUGGUGAAACACCCCAAGCUGGCAACCGGCCACCGAGUGAUUAUUCUGCAAACUCUUGAACUCAUUGUGCAGUUCAAGAUAGAUGAAAUUAGCUACAAGAAAAUUAAGAGCAUAAUUUCUCUUGCUUCGGAUGAAAUGACCAGGUCAAAGGAAGUGGUAGCAGAUUGGCAACAGGCAGCCAGUAGUAUUUUGGUGGCCGUGGGCAAUAGAUACAUAAAUGACAUCAUGGAGGAGAUCCUCAGCAAGUUCCAGCCCGGGGUCCUUCCUCAUUUAUUUGUCGUCCAAACGCUAGCGAGUCUCUCCGAGUCUAAUGUAUACGGCAUGGUGCCGUUCCUCAACGCCAUCCUGGGGACCAUGCUGCCAAUGUUGAGUAUGACCAAGCAGGACACCAUGAAGUGCAUCUUCGCCUCUGCUCUGUCCCGUUUCAGCGAGAGCAUUUUGGAGUACCUCGCCAACUUAGAUAAGGCCCCAGACCCAACCGUGCGGAAGGACACCUUCUCCAGUGAGAUCUAUGCCUCGUACGACAUCCUCUUCUGUAACUGGCUUCAGAGCAGAGACCCCAAGCUCCGGCUGACGGUGGCGGAAGCCCUGGGCUCCAUGAGUCACCUGAUGGCCCAUGACAAGCUGGAGGAGCAGCUUCCCAAGCUGAUUCCCGCCGUUGUCUCGCUGUACAAGAAGAACAGCGAGCAUUACAUCAUCAGCAAGAGCCUGUGUCAAGUUCUGGAAGCUUCUGUGAACAUGGGCAGCCGAUUGUUGGAGACACAGAUCGAUGGUCUGCUGCUAACUUUGCAUCAGGAGGUAUGUGCCCCGGUGGAUUACAGCAACCCCCCUACUGUGAAGAACCACAACGAGGUUCUGAGGUGCUUCAGCAUUUUAGCCAACACGUUUCCUGACCGCCUGAUAGUGUUUGUCCUUCAGAAGUUGGAGAACAAUAACGAACGUAACCGCAUGGGGUCCCUGGCCGUGCUCCGGCACCUGAUCAACUCCUCCACUUCCCUGAUGGAAACCAAGAAGCUCAUUAUCCUUACGAGCCUCAGGCAGCCAUUGUCCGACCAGAGCAAUAAGGUCAAGAAGAUGGUGGUCCAGGUGAUCAGUGCUAUGGCCCACCAUGGGUACCUAGAGCUGGAGGGGGGAGAGCUCCUGGUUAAGUUUAUUGUGCACCAUUGUGCCCUGCCAGACACCCUUAAUUGUGGGCGGCACCCCUUGGACCCGGAGGAUGUGACCAAUGAGUCUCUGCGAAGCAUCUGUGAAAACACGCUGCACCUCUUCACCACCACCGUGGGCCGGCUGACUGAUGUGCUGUGGCCUUCGCUGCUUUGCUACCUGACCCCGGCGCAGUACAGCAAUGCAACCACACCCCUGUGCAAGAGCCUCAUUCUCCUCGGCAACAAGAAGAAGGCUUCCCAGGAGCCCAACUACAUCAUCAACUUCAGCGAGCAAGCCAGCCUCCCUUCGCCUUAUGUGCUCAUGAUCAGGCUUUUGGUAAACGCUGCGUUCCCCUUCAGGGGGCGGGGCCGUGGGGCCCCCUCCCUGCGCCUACUGUGCGUUCUAAGUCCCAGCAUCCACCCCAACAUACAGAAGGUGUGGGAGACAGAGAUCCCUCCACUCCUGAGCCUCCUGGAAGAAUCUACGUUGGAAUCGCUGAACACGAGGAGCUGGGAAGACAGUUUGCUAGAGCUCCUGUCCAAGACCCUGGUGGCCAUCUCAAAUGACAGAUGGAGCUGCCAGCUGUCCUCUGAGGCCACACACUACCUGCCCACCUACAACAGCUCCCUGGAGGAGAAGAGCUUCCUCUACAGAUGCAUUGGCAUGACCCUGCAGCUGUGCAACAGCCAGGAUGCCGUCAGGAAGCAGCUGCAGGAGGUGCUGGUGGCAGCGCGGCAUGCCGACGCCAUCGAGAGGACGGGAGUGGCAGUCGGGGUUGGCCUCUGCGCCGCCAGGCACCUCGGGGACACUCUGGCCAAACUGGAGGACUUCAGCAAAUCGGACGCCUUUAAGAAAGCGUCGGGAAUAUUUGGUCUGCUUAAAGACAAAAACGAGGUGGACAUCGAGAAGGUGAAGAGCACCCUCAUCCUCUGCUACGGGUAUGUGGCCCUCCACGCCCCCCCAGACCAGCUUCUGUCCAGGAUGGACUCUAACAUUCUGAAGGGCAUCAACAAACACUUCAACACCAAGGUUCUGGGAAUAAAAGUAGAGACCAAGGACCUGACCAUGAAGCUGAGCCUGAUCCAGAGCGUUGGCCUCGUUGCCCGGGCCCUGGGCGCCUGCGUGCAGAGACAGGCUUAUGUCUUCAGCAAGAAGCAGGAGCUCCUGGCCGUCAUCAUGGAUUUUAUUAAAGGUGAACCGGCAGAUACAAUGAGGACGCCCAUUCGCCAUCUCGCCCUAGAGACGUGUGCCGGCCUGGUAAACCUGGAGCCGGUGCUGACGGAGAACGAGAACUUCGACAUGCUGAACUCCUGCCUGGCCAGCGUGUACAAGCUGCCCCCCGCAGACUCCCCAGACGGCAGCAAGGAGGACGAGCUGCUGAGCCCGCAGGAGAGAGAGGCCUUGUACGCGGACACGUUCGGGGCACUGCACGAUUUGCUGAGGAACGUUCUGGCCAGAGAUCUGACCCCAGAUGGACUGCAGAGCGUCUUCAAGCACAUCGAGGUCUACCUGAGCUCCAAGCUGGAUUACGAGCGGGAGAGGGCAGUGAACACCACAGCGGAACUGCUGGAGUUCUACCUGGCGAGCCUCACCGUCAAGAACAUGGUGACCUUCCAUAACCUUGGAGCCCUCCUGGGCCGCCUGGCCCCCCGCUGCACCGACCCCAGCCCCCUGGUCCGCAGGGCGGCCAUCGACUGCAUCUACACCCUGCUGUAUAUCCAGCUGCGAUAUGAUGGGUUUGCCCUGGAUUAUAAGGACGAGUCCGUGGAAAGUCUGGUCACCCUGCGGGAGAAGCUGAACAACCCGGAUCACACCGUCCUGUACAGAACCUGCUCCGAGCUCACCAAGAUCAUCAGCAAGCGUCUGCCUCAGCAGCAGCUGAACACGCUGAUCUUCAUGCUGUUCGAGGGUCUGGUGGACCCCCAGGCCAACUGCUCGCGGGCGUCCAGCGUGGUCCUCAACACUCUGCUGAAGAACAGAGGGGCUGGCUUGCAGGAUCUGGUGCCAGAGAUCCUGGAGGUGCUCUACAUCCGGCUGCAGGCCAUCUCCGAGGAGCAGGUGAAGGUGGCGGUGGCCCAGUCCAUCCUCAUCCUGGCCACGCAGCACCUGCAGACGGUCAUCAACACCCUCGUCGCCUACCCUCUGCCUUUCGACAACUGGAUCUGCGAGAUGUGGAUCGCCCUCGGCUCGGACAGCACCUUGGCCUCCCAGAUCAUGGACAUGAUGAUGGAGAAGCUGAGUGUGGUCGCUCCCUACGUGGACAAGAAGGAGUCCAUGCUGAGGCCCGGCGUGAGCAAAGUAGCCACCAGUGUACCGCUGGCCAUGACGUGCGCCCUGCGUGAGAUGAUGCUGAAUGGGCAGACGGCGGACGCCGUGGUCUCGCUGUUCCCCAGGCUCUUCGGCGCGCUGCUGGUCCGCCUGGGCUCCAGCGUCGGGGUCCAGCUACCCAAGGACAUCAACAGCAACAGCCUGGGGCCCGAGAGGAAGACGAGCGGCAAGGCGCCGGCGUUCUUCGACGUGUGCGGGGUGGCCGUGGAGGCCUUGCGGAUCCUGCUGGCCCGGGCGCAGCUGGAGGAAGUGGUGAAGCCGCUGGAUGCUCAGGGGGCAUGGGAGAAGAUGCAGGACCAGCAGCGGCACGUGGACGGAGUCACCAUGCUGGCCAGAGCCAUGGCGAAGCAUGCCGGCCCCCGUCUCCCAGCCAUCGUGGAAAACCUGUGUCCCUGUUUGAACAACAUCUACGAGUGCCAAAGGGUCACUGUCUGUGCUUUCUUCUCAGAGCUGCUGAACCAUCAUGUGGUGACCGAGCUCAUGAUGAUGGACGUGCUGAUGAACAGUAUGAUGGAACGCAUCUCGGACCCCAGCGCCACCGUGCGCAUGCUCUCCAUCAGGGGCCUGGGCAAUAUGGCCGUGGGUUCUCCUGAGAAGGUGAACAAAUACGCAAAGGAGCUACUGGCCGCUAUGAGCUCAGGAAUGGAGGAGAAGGACGAUCCAGGUAAACACAUCACCCUGGAGGCCAUGACUGGCCUGUCUAAAGUCCUGCUCUACCUGGAUAAGAAGAACGUGCAGCUGCUGGUGGUCUACAUCUUCAUGAAGAUUAAGCCCUUCCUGGAGAGCGAGAACGACGAGAUUCGCUCCACCUCCAUCAUGCUGCUAGGGAACUUGUCCAAGUUCGGCUCUGGUGAAGCCAUCUUCAAGGACCAGAUCCACAACGUGCUGGUCAGCUUGCUGCUGCAUCUCAACGACCCCAGUCCUCAGGUGGUCAAGGCCUCCAAGUACACCAUGCGCAUGUUCGCUCCAGUGGUGGGGUCCGAGCAGAUUAUGGCCAUGUUCCAGAACCACCUGCACGACGACAAGGGUCUGCACUAUGGCGAGUUCAUCAACGACCUCACCAAGUACAUUAUCCAAGAUUUCCCCGGAAUGCUGAACUUCUACCACAUCACCGUCAUCCAGUUCUUCAAAAGCAACUGGGCAGAAGUGCGAGCUGGAGCAGCCAUGUUCAUCGGCUUUUUAUUGGGGAAUCUCCCAGAAGAGUAUUUCUCUUACAUGAACAUGGGGAGUAUAACAAAUGGUCUGGUCCUGCUGCUCCAGGAUCCUGAACCUCUGGUGCGGGCUAAGGCCGCAGAAGCCAUGGGACACUUUCAUUGAAGAGCCCGGCUCCAUCUGUAGUUUACUUAAAUAUUGGCAUUUUACUUGAAAUAGCAAUCAAAGAAUUUAGCGACCAAAGACUGUAGCCUUUUUUUCCAGCCUCAUUCUGACACAGAGCCUUCAGCCUCCAAAGUACCCGCCUCCACCUCAGCCUAACCUGUGGAGACCUGGAUGAAGUGGGAAGAUUGUAAUAAGUAGCAUCUAGAAGACAGAGAUCCAGUCAAUAAAGACAGUAUAGAGCAGGGGCAGGCAACCCUGAUCCUGGAGGGCCGGCAUCCAGCAGGUUUUCUAUCCUACCUGAUGAGUUACUGCCUGCCUGAGGUCCGCUGUGGGUCAUCAGAGAUCAGGCAGGAUGGAAGACCUGCUGGAUGCCGGCACUCCGGGAUCAGAGUCGCCUGCCCCAGGUACGGAGGCUUUUGCAAGUUUCCAUAACUCUCAGAUCUCUGGCUUUACAGGGAGACACAGUAACUGUAUUUUGCGCUUCCAUUUGGCUGCCGUUAUGGUGAAGGCAGAGCAGAGCUGAAAGAGUCUCUCAGAGAUUCUGCCAGAAUUCACUGCAAAGUAGCUAAAGAACACAGGAUGCAAUAACGUCUUCUUUUCCUUCCCUCCUUCCAUAUUUCCUAAUUUUUAUCAUAACAUCUCCGUUGUGGUUUAACUGCACAUGCACUAAUUCAGCCACCUGCUACUCUUUUGUUUUAAAGAAAUAGCCAGAAGUUCCAUAUUUGUUCAUCAUUUAGGGAACCGUUGAGUGUCAUCGCGUCUCGCCGUGAGCGUUGAGGAUGUUAGUCCCCUUAAACCUCCUUUAUUUCCUCAUGCCACGUCGUUUUGUCUUUCAUUCCUUAUUUAAACGUACUUCCUGUUUGUAUGACCAUGUGACCACUUUGUUGGCUGGUUUUGUACCAAGACCUCGAUGGCAAACAGCACCUGUGUCCGUCGCCCCCCUUUUGAAAAGAUCAUGACUGCUAGUGUCGUGUGUGUGUGUGUAUGUGUGGUGUUUUUUAUGGAUUUCAGUAACUGCUCUGUCUCCAGUGACAUUGCAGUUAGGGUUGGGGAAAGACGGUGACUAAUGUAAUCGUAAGUUAUUUUAAAAUGAAAUAUUAAAGUGAUUACUCCGUAAAGUUUUUUGUCGUGCUGUAAAUAGCUUCUCUUUUUUAAAAAUACUGUAUUAUGCCUAUAGAUUACUUCUCUGCUAUAUUACAAUAUUGUAAGGAUUAAAUCAUCUUUGAUUGUCA